GGCGCUAUCUAUGUUACAUCACUAAUUUAGUAUCAUUCGUUCAUGUCAUUACCCCGUCACUAUGGUCUGAGGUCAACGACCACUGUCGUUCUAGUGUGUGUCGAGUGCAGUCGCACCUACUAAUAUAGUAAAUAAUUAACAUUGUAAAAUAAUGUAAAAUACAAGUCAUCUCACAUCAAGUCGUUUAAUUUAAUAAACACAACAACAAUACAUGGUGUCAGAAGUGAAAGUAACAACAAAAAAUAUAGAAGAUUCGUGUUAACGGAAAAAUUUCAAAAACAAAAUGUCUACCGAAGACGUCGGCGACACGAGGUGCCGUGUGGCCGGUCUGGAGUGUCUUAAGUUGUCGUCGGAGGCAACCGCGAACAACGCGGAGGCGUGGAGGAAAUGGUGGCAGCGACUGGAGCUGUAUCUGCUGGCAUCAGGUCUAGACAGGUCGGAGGAGAAGCGGAAGGUGGCCAUUCUGCUCCACAGUAUUGGCCCUAAAGGUCUAGAAAUCUUCAAUACAUUUAACAUCAGCCUGGAUCAAGCCAAAAUAGAGGACGUCAAGGCCAAAUUCGACCUGUACUUUGAGCCACGGAAAAAUCUUACCAUGUGCAGGUACAUGUUUUUUACAAGGAGGCAAGCUCAAUCCGAGAGCAUCGACGAUUUCAUAACCGAUCUGGAGCUAAAGAGCCAGGAUUGCGAGUUCGGAACCCUGCGCGAGUCCAUGAUCCGGGAUAUUUUCAUCGCCAACCUGCACAUGGAUUUGUCACACAUCCGGCAAAGGCUGUUGCAAGAGCCCAACCUCACCUAUGAGAGGAUGCGAGAGUUGGCGAAAACCCUAAUUGUCGCACAGCAGGAUGCAGACAAGAUGACAAACAAGUCCAUCGUCGAAGACGGCGAGAAGGUGAUGCAACUGCGUCAAAGGAGCGGCGGUCGACGAGUCUGUCGACAGCGUGCUUCAAGUCAAACGCCACAUCGGGCCACGUGGAAGUCUCCCAGUCCGAUGAGGCAGUCAGCAUCAACGUGUGGUCGCUGUGGGCAGUCUCAUCGAACGAAGUGCCCAGCGAUCGGAGUACAAUGCAGGUCAUGUAACUCAUUUGGUCAUUAUGCUAAGUUUUGCUAUAAGAAUAAACAAGUCAGACAGUUGUAUUCGUUUACUUCCAAGUCAAUACAAAAUGAUAAUUAUUUUGUAGGAAUUUUAAACAGUCAGUCGAGUCAUAAUCAUCUUAGUCAUUUACAUAAACAGUCACACAGUCAGCCACAAAAACAGUCAAAAAGUCGAUCAUACAGUCAAAAAGUCCGUCAAUAUUCAAACACCAGUCAAAUCUCACUCACACAACAAGUCACAAGUUAA